UUAUAUAAGAUCCGUGUUGAAUCGUCUUCAGACUGGAGUGACACUGCUAUAAAACUUUAAUAUACCGUCUAAGAUUGUUUGGCACCAUGGGAACUGGCCCGUUUUGGAAGCUUUUGAUAAUAGUGAUUAUUUUCAUUUCGUGUACAAACUGUCAAGAAGCGUGCUCUGUACCGGACGUAAAUGAUGCUUCCAAAGAUUCUGGGGCAGCCAUUGCUUACAACACGACAGUUACGUACACAUGUGCAGUAGGUCACACCCAUACUAAUGGCGAUUUAGUAAGGACAUGUCAAGCUGUCGGCCAAUUAGAUGGGGUUUUCCCAACUUGUACCCGAGAUUCACGUGCUAUCAGACUACGUAACGGUACAACGCAAUUAGAGGGACGUGUUGAAGUACUUCACAAUGGAACGUGGGGUUCCGUCUGUGGGGAUGGUAUAGACACAAACUUUGCCAAGGUCGUGUGCCGACAGCUCGUAUAUGCUACUGACAAUGUGACGUUACGUUCUCAUGCCUAUUUUGGUGCAGGCAGUGGUCAGAUUUGGCUUGACGGUGUAACUUGUCAAGGAAAUGAGACUAUGAUCGACAUGUGUAUGUCAGGCCCAUGGGGACAGCACAACUGCGGACACAAUCAAGAUAUCGGAGUUACAUGUAGUGCAAAUGCUAUCAGAUUACGUAACGGUGCAACGCAAUUAGAGGGACGUGUUGAAGUAUUUCACAAUGGCACAUGGGGUACGAUCUGUGAUGAUGGUAUUGACAUAAACUUUGCGAAGGUCGUAUGUCGACAGCUCGGAUAUGAUACGGACAAUGUGGCGGUACUUUCGAACGCCUAUUUCGGUGCAGGUAAUGGCCCGAUUUGGUUGGACGAUGUUGGCUGCCAAGGAAACGAGAGUGUGAUCAACUUGUGUAUGACCAGACAAUGGGGACAACACGACUGUGGACAUCAUGAAGAUGUUGGAGUUAUAUGUAUAGCCUGCACUGUACCUGACGUAGAUGACGGUUCCAAAGGUUCUUGGGCAACGAUCGUUUACAACACGACAGUAACGUACACAUGUGCAGUGGGUCACAUCCAUACUAAUGGCAAUUUAAUAAGGAAAUGUCAAGCUAACGGCCAAUUGGAUGGUACUUCCCCAACUUGUACCCGAGGUUCAAGUCUUAUUAGACUGAUUAACGGCUUAACGCAGUUAGAGGGCCGUGUUGAAGUACUUCACAAUGGAACAUGGGGUACUGUCUGUGGGGAUGUUAUAGACAUACAAUUUGCCAAAGUCGUAUGUCGACAGCUAGAAUAUGCUACGGACAAUGUCACAGUACGUUCGAGUUCCUAUUUCGGUGCAGGUAGUGGUCAGAUUUGGCUAGACGAUGUUACUUGUCAAGGAAACGAGACUGCGAUCGACUACUGUAUGUCCAGUCCAUGGGGUCAGCACAAAUGCGGACACAAUGAAGAUGUCGGAGUUACAUGUAGUUCACAUGCUAUUAGACUACGUAACGGUGAAACGCAAUAUGAGGGUCGUGUUGAAGUACUUCACAAAGGAACAUGGGGUACAAUCUGUGAUGAUCAUACAGACAUAAACUUUGCCAAGGUCGUAUGUCGACAGCUCGGAUAUAAUACGGACAAUGUGGCGGUACUUUCGGAUACCGAUUUCGGUGCAGGUAAUGGCCCGAUUUGGCUGGACGAUGUUGUGUGCCAAGGAAACGAGAUUUCAAUCGACUUGUGUAUGUUCAAACCUUGGGGACAGCACAACUGUGGACAUGGGGAAGAUGUUGGAGUUAUAUGUAAAGCGUGCUCUGUACCGGACGUAAAAGACGCUUCCAAAGAUUCUGGGGCAGCCAUUGCAUACAACAUGAAAGUUACGUACACAUGUGCAGUAGGUCACAUCCAUACUAAUGGCGAUCUUGUAAGGACAUGUCAAGCUGUCGGCCAAUUAGAUGGGUUUUUCCCAACUUGUACCCGAGAUUCACGUGCUAUCAGACUACGUAACGGUACAACGCAAUUAGAGGGACGUGUUGAAGUACUUCACAAUGGAACAUGGGGUUCCGUCUGUGGGGAUGGCAUAGACACAAACUUUGCCAAGGUCGUGUGCCGACAGCUCGGAUAUGCUACUGACAAUGUGACGUUACGUUCGCAUGCCUAUUUCGGUGCAGGCAGUGGUCAGAUUUGGCUGGACGAUGUUACUUGUCAAGGAAACGAGACUGUGAUCGACAUGUGUAUGUCACGACCAUGGGGACAGCACAACUGCGGACAUAAUCAAGAUGUCGGAGUUACAUGUAGUUCACAUGCUAUUAGACUACGUAACGGUAAAACGCAAUAUGAGGGUCGUGUUGAAGUACUCCACAAUGGAACAUGGGGUACAAUCUGUGAUGAUCAUACAGACAUAAACUUUGCCAAGGUCGUAUGUCGACAGCUCGGAUAUAAUACGGACAAUGUGGCGGUACUUUCGGAUACCGAUUUCGGUGCAGGUAAUGGCCCGAUUUGGCUGGACGAUGUUGUGUGCCAAGGAAACGAGAUUUCAAUCGACUUGUGUAUGUUCAAACCUUGGGGACAGCACAACUGUGGACAUGGAGAAGAUGUUGGAGUUAUAUGUAAAGCGUGCUCUGUACCGGACGUAAAAGACGCUUCCAAAGAUUCUGGGGCAGCCAUUGCAUACAACAUGAAAGUUACGUACACAUGUGCAGUAGGUCACAUCCAUACUAAUGGCGAUCUUGUAAGGACAUGUCAAGCUGUCGGCCAAUUAGAUGGGUUUUUCCCAACUUGUACCCGAGAUUCACGUGCUAUCAGACUACGUAACGGUACAACGCAAUUAGAGGGACGUGUUGAAGUACUUCACAAUGGAACAUGGGGUUCCGUCUGUGGGGAUGGUAUAGACACAAACUUUGCCAAGGUCGUGUGCCGACAGCUCGGAUAUGCUACUGACAAUGUGACGUUACGUUCGCAUGCCUAUUUCGGUGCAGGCAGUGGUCAGAUUGGCUGGACGAUGUUACUUGUCAAGGAAACGAGACUGUUCACAUGCUAUAGACUACGUAACGGUAAAACGCAAUAUGAGGGUCGUGUUGAAGUACUCCACAAUGGAACAUGGGGUACAAUCUGUGAUGAUCAUACAGACAUAAACUUUGCCAAGGUCGUAUGUCGACAGCUCGGAUAUAAUACGGACAAUGUGGCGGUACUUUCGGAUACCGAUUUCGGUGCAGGUAAUGGCCCGAUUUGGCUGGACGAUGUUGUGUGCCAAGGAAACGAGAUUUCAAUCGACUUGUGUAUGUUCAAACCUUGGGGACAGCACAACUGUGGACAUGGAGAAGAUGUUGGAGUUAUAUGUAUAGUCUGCACUGUACCUGACGUAGAUGACGCUUCAAAAGAUUCUUGGGCAACGAUCGUUUACAACACGACAGUAACGUACACAUGUGCAGUGGGUCACAUCCAUACUAAUGGCAAUUUAAUAAGGAAAUGUCAAGCUAACGGCCAAUUGGAUGGUACUUCUCCAACUUGUACCCGAGGUUCACGUGCUAUCAGGCUACGUAACGGUACAACGCAAUUAGAGGGGCGUGUUGAAGUACUUCACAAUGGAACAUGGGGUACGGUCUGUGGGGAUGGUACAGACGCAAACUUUGCCAAGGUCGUGUGUCGGCAGCUCGAAUAUGCUACUGACAAUGUUACGUUACGUUCGCAUGCCUAUUUCGGUGCAGGCAGUGGUCAGAUUUGGCUGGACGAUGUUACUUGUCAAGGAAACGAGACUGUGAUCGACAUGUGUAUGUCAGGCCCAUGGGGACAGCACAACUGCGGACACAAUCAAGAUGUCGGAGUUACAUGUAGUGCAAAUGCUAUUAGACUACGUAACGGUACAAUGCAAUUAGAGGGACGUGUUGAGGUGUUUCACAAUGGCACAUGGGGUACGAUCUGUGAUGAUGGUAUAGACAUAAACUUUGCCAAGGUCGUAUGUCGACAGCUCGGAUAUGAUACGGACAAUGUGGCGGUACUUUCGGAAGCCUAUUUCGGUGCAGGUAAUGGCCCGAUAUGGCUGGACGAUGUUCUGUGCGAAGGAAACGAGACUGUGAUCAACUUGUGUAUGCUCAGACCAUGGGGACAGCAUAACUGUGGACAUAGAGAAGAUGUUGGAGUUAUAUGUAUAGUCUGCACUGUACCUGACGUAGAUGACGCUUCAAAAGAUUCUUGGGCAACGAUCGUUUACAACACGACAGUAACGUACACAUGUGCAGUGGGUCACAUCCAUACUAAUGGCAAUUUAAUAAGGAAAUGUCAAGCUAACGGCCAAUUGGAUGGUACUUCUCCAACUUGUACCCGAGGUUCACGUGCUAUCAGGCUACGUAACGGUACAACGCAAUUAGAGGGGCGUGUUGAAGUACUUCACAAUGGAACAUGGGGUACGGUCUGUGGGGAUGGUACAAACGCAAACUUUGCCAAGGUCGUGUGUCGGCAGCUCGAAUAUGCUACUGACAAUGUUACGUUACGUUCGCAUGCCUAUUUCGGUGCAGGCAGUGGUCAGAUUUGGCUGGACGAUGUUACUUGUCAAGGAAACGAGACUGUGAUCGACAUGUGUAUGUCAGGCCCAUGGGGACAGCACAACUGCGGACACAAUCAAGAUGUCGGAGUUACAUGUAGUGCAAAUGCUAUUAGACUACGUAACGGUACAAUGCAAUUAGAGGGACGUGUUGAGGUAUUUCACAAUGGCACAUGGGGUACGAUCUGUGAUGAUGGUAUAGACAUAAACUUUGCCAAGGUCGUAUGUCGACAGCUCGGAUAUGAUACGGACAAUGUGGCGGUACUUUCGGAAGCCUAUUUCGGUGCAGGUAAUGGCCCGAUAUGGCUGGACGAUGUUAUGUGCGAAGGAAACGAGACUGUGAUCAACUUGUGUAUGCUCAGACCAUGGGGACAGCAUAACUGUGGACAUAGAGAAGAUGUUGGAGUUAUAUGUAUAGUCUGCACUGUACCUGACGUAGAUGACGCUUCAAAAGAUUCUUGGGCAACGAUCGUUUACAACACGACAGUAACGUACACAUGUGCAGUGGGUCACAUCCAUACUAAUGGCAAUUUAAUAAGGAAAUGUCAAGCUAACGGCCAAUUGGAUGGUACUUCCCCAACUUGUACCCGAGUAGUCUGCACUGUACCUGACGUAGAUGACGGUUCCAAAGAUUCUUGGGCAAAGAUAGUUUACAACACGACAGUUACGUACACAUGUGCAGUGGGUCACAUCCAUACUAAUGGCAAUUUAAUAAGGAAAUGUCAAGCUAACGGCCAAUUGGAUGGUACUUCCCCAACUUGUACCCGAGUAACCUGCGCUGUGCCGGACGUAGACGACGCUUCAAAAGAUUCUGGGGCAACGAUUGCUUACAACACGACAGUUAUGUACACAUGUGCAGGAGGCCACAUCCAUACUAAUGGCAAUUUAAUAAGGACAUGUGCAGCUGGCGGACAAUUGGAUGGUACAACCCCUAUAUGUACUCGAGUAGUCUGCACUGUACCUGACGUAGAUGACGCUUCAAAAGAUUCUUGGGCAACGAUCGUUUACAACACGACAGUAACUUACACAUGUGCAGUGGGUCACAUCCAUACUAAUGGCAAUUUAAUAAGGAAAUGUCAAGCUAACGGCCAAUUGGAUGGUACUUCCCCAACUUGUACCCGAGUAGUCUGCACUGUACCUGACGUAGAUGACGGUUCCAAAGAUUCUUGGGCAAAGAUAGUUUACAACACGACAGUUACGUACACAUGUGCAGUGGGUCACAUCCAUACUAAUGGCAAUUUAAUAAGGAAAUGUCAAGCUAACGGCCAAUUGGAUGGUACUUCCCCAACUUGUACCCGAGUAACCUGCGCUGUGCCGGACGUAGACGACGCUUCAAAAGAUUCUGGGGCAACGAUUGCUUACAACACGACAGUUAUGUACACAUGUGCAGGAGGCCACAUCCAUACUAAUGGCAAUUUAAUAAGGACAUGUGCAGCUGGCGGACAAUUGGAUGGUACAACCCCUAUAUGUACUCGAGUAACCUGCUCUGUACCGGACGUAUACGACGCUUCCAAAGACACGGGGGCAACGAUUGUGUACAACAAGACAGUUACGUAUACAUGCGCAAGAGGCUAUUCUGAUGGCGAUUUAGUAAGGAAAUGUCAAGCUGACGGCCAAUUGAAUGGUACUUCCCCAACUUGUACUCAAGUGACGGAAAAAUUCUGCGAGGAGGAUUUAGAUGACGAGGGAAUGUUCUGGAACUACACGGAGGGCGGCACAGAGCUCAACCUAGAAUGCCCACAGGGAUACACAGGGCUAGUGACGCGAUACUGCCGAAAAGACGGUGUGUUUCUAUUGCCCUACUACGACUGUACAUUGGUCAUCCUCAAAGAUCUCACGGAACAGCUGACUAACGGUAGCAUAGACGGGGCCGCGGCUUUAGCUGUGUUAAAGUCCGACAUAGCGGAUGGGAAGCACACUCUAUUUAUCGGGGAUUUGCUGGAGACACAACUCACCCUGCAGACUGUCGUUUCUAAAACUACAGCGUUUACCAAAGACAGCAUCGAUGAUUUUCUUGAGACGGCAAGCUUUCUCAUUGACGACAAAGCGAACGGCAAGCAGUGGCAAAGCCGCAUACAGAACAACCACAUAGGUGCAGAGUCGCUGCUGACAGUGAUAGACGAGUUUGCCAUACGCCUUUCCAACUCCCGCACGUCGUCCAACGUCAAUAAACCUAACAUUGUGUUGACGUACUCGAGGGUGGACACUACUGAUGGAGACAGCCCCUCACUACAGUUUCCAAGCAGCGAGAGUCUGAACUCCACCGGGGACGAGUGGCAGGCCGAACGGCACUCUUCUGUUAAUAUAAACUUAAAAGCACUCAGGGGUGAGAACGUAACGACGUUUGUUGGCUUGGUCUACAAAAACCUUUCACAGGCUGUUUCCACAAAGCUCGACCAGGCAGAAAACGCCACCAUUAGCUCUCAAGUGCUGUCCCUGCAUCUGCUCCCACAGGCGCCUGUUAAGGUAGACCCCGAAAUACAGCUCAACUUCCAAACAUUUCAGAGCGUGUCGAGAUACAGAAAAUUCUGCGCGUUUUGGAACACAACAACUGAAACAUGGUCUACAUCUGGUUGUAACGUGGUGUCUUCCAACGCCAGCCAGGUCCAAUGUGCGUGUAAUCAUCUCACCAACUUCGCUUUGUUGAUAAGCCCAUACACAUCUACAAGUGAGGUGGUGCAGAAUAUUUCAAUGGUCAUCACGUACAUUGGUAGCGGGCUUUCAAUCCUGGCCCUCAUCGUGACCAUCGCCUUGCAUGCCUUCUACUGGAAGAUACUGCGCAGUGAACGGGAGUCUCUCACCAUGUGUUUGUGUGUUGUGUUGCUACUGGCCAACAUUCUCUUCCUCGCUGGGAUCGGACAAACAGAAAACCAGACCGUUUGUCGAUGGAUCGCCGUUUCCCUGCACGUUGUGUUCCUGACCGUCUUUUUCACCAUGCUUUCUGUCGGCCUCAACGUGUACGUCGCCGUCGCCGUUGUCUUCAAGAGUGGCAAAAGCAAGCUUGUCAUGUACCUCCUCGUGGCCUUUGUGCCACCGAUAGCUGUCGUGCUUACUGCCGCCAGCGUUUCCAAACUUGAGGGAUAUGGCACGAAAGCAAGUUGUUGGCUGGAUAUUGAUCAUUGGAUGUUCUGGACAUUUGCGGGGCCUGUUGCUUUUGUUAUCUUGGUCAAUGGUAUAAUCAUAUCGAUUGUAUUGGUAAAGCUAUGCAACACGAAGGUCGCAAAGAACAAAGACACUCUUGACAGAAUUAAAAUGACGAUUACGGCACUGUCUGUGUUGUUACCAAUAAUGGGUAUCGGCUGGGUGUUUGGUUUCUUUGCUGUGAACAAGAAAACUCAGUGGUUUCAAAUUGUGUUUUGCAUUUUUAACGCAUCACAGGGUGUGUUUAUUUCCAUAUUCCACUGUCUUCUGAAUAAACAGCUGAAACGGGCUAUUCAACUAUCAAGAGAAAGAAAGCGAACACUGGAUGAAUUUAGCGAUGAACACCAAAGACGAAUGGCAUUGGGCAAGCAACACAGUUCCAGUGACAAUACAAAAGGAACGAACAUGUCGGAAACGGGAACGCUUGAACGAUCUGAAGCGGAAGGAAAGACAACGUCAGUUAAACAAGAAGAAGUCCGAGUAGAAUUGAAGUUGCUGCAUCAACGCAAAUAAAACAAACAAGAAGUCAAUACCGACCGGAAACUGCGAUUGCAACAUUCAGAAUGAAUCUUCCAACUAUCAUAGCAUUUCGAAAGUGACGGAGUUUUCAAACGACUGUAAUCCCCUUGUACCAACCGAGAAUACAAUCAGAAAAGAGAUUUAGGUAACUUCCACAAAUGCAGAUCAAGUUGUCAUGAAUGGAGAUAUUUCGAACGAAUUUGCAACGGACAGUGAACCAUAACACAGGUUUAAAAGAAAAUUGUAUUCGUGAUACAUCAGAUGAUACAAAUACUGGAUGUGAAACAAUUCCAUUUGUAAUCAAUUAUUGUUUCAUAACUGUACACUAGUUGGUGGUUACAAGGGAUGACUUAUAGUCACAAUAUUGCUUUAUUAUUAUUAUCUGUUUAAAGAAUUGUAUUGCUUAUCAGUAAACUGGCCCAAUUUUCUCAAAAUAAAACGUUUCUGCCUUAAGCUUAAAUACAAUCGCUUUUAUUUUUUUCUCAAAACUGGUCAAAAUGAGAAUAUUACAAAUUGUGCAUACACACAAAUAAGAGUUUUACCGUGAUCUUCUUAUUAGGAGAGAAUGUUUGAGAAAAUUGGGCCUGAUUUCAUUGUUAUAAUAAUUGAUAAACUUGUGUAUUUUGUAUUUUUGUAUACUGUUACGCCCAUUGAGCUAUAUAUACUCUCAACCAGUUCUAACACAUCUAUUUUUAAGUUGGUAUAAUCAUUAUGUAAUCAAGUCUAUGAAAAUGCGGAGUUUUGUGCAAUAUUACUUCUGCAAAAACAUAUUGCAAAAUUCUAUAUCAAUCAUAAGUUCAGCCUUGCAGAUGAAUGUUUGAAAUCAUAUUCUUGUGAGAUACUCAAUUAUAUGGCAAUUUUACAAAUGAAUUACUGUUUCAAGAAAUGAUUUUUUACAUAACAGUUGUUCAAAGACAUUAUGAUUUGACCGGUAAAUAGUCCGAAAAGAAUCUGCAAAGGGAACUUGCCUAGUAAAAUGAUCAAUAAAAAUAUUAUGACCGUUCAUAAAUGUCGCUAAAAUCCCUUUCCUGUAUGAGUCAAUAAACAAUAGUUUUUACUAUAUUUAACAGAGAGCGCAAUUUGUUUUAGUAUGUAAAUUUUGCACUUUCAUUAACACUAAUCGUUAUAUUUUCCUUGUAUAUAUUUAUUUCUUUAAUCCAAUGUAUUUGCUCCAUGUUAAAAAAGUUGAUAUUAUAAAAACUGAUACGUGCCUAAUGAAAAUGCAUCACACUUUCUUAGACCCAAGUAAUGUUUAAACUUUGUUUGAGUGUACUGCAUAAUACUGUUCGACCAACAGUUAAGGGCCUCUGGUCGGGUGCCAGCUUGGCGUCCAGCCUUGUUGAUUUCCGAAUGGAAUGGCAUUUACAAUAUAGGAUGUGGCAAAACUGACUUGUCUAAGGAGACUGACAACUUGUUACAUGUGUACCAAGUGUCAUUUAAAUAUCAUGGGUAAGGAAUCAGAUUGCGAAAUAAGUGAAUGUAGAAUUCUAGUUCUCUGAUAUCUCCAUAACUAUAACGUUAAAUGGUGAUGCUUGGUGGCCCAUAUAAGUUUGGUUUCUUUUGAAAGAGUUGUGUGCGCAGACAAAAAAGUUUAAUAGUAUACCUACAAACAAGAUAUAUUGAACAUCAAAGAUUGUAAUAUAGGUCAUUUUGCGUUUGAUCUACUAAAUAAGAGAACAAAUAUACAAACUAUUCUUACCUUACGUAUUCUGUACAUUUCGUCAUUUAUUUUACAUAAUAGUAUUCUGAUUGAAAUGCGGUUUGAAUUAUACCACAUUUGUUUGGUGUUCACCAGGCUUAAAACUGUUCCAUGACAGCAAUGCAAAUAUCGGGAGAACUAGCUUAUUUGAAGGUCAGAUUCCAUAACUUGUUUGCACGCCGACACUUACUGGUGUGUUUUCAUUGAAAAACAGACAAUUGUUUUUAGUAUGUUUGUAUAUUAAACAUUAUGUAUGUAUGAUAUUGUAAUAUACAUGUACUUUUAAUAGUUUUUCUGGUCAAUUAAUACAUUAACAACACUAACCACUAAAUUCUUUGUCAUUUUAAGAAACACAAAACAGCUCUCCUGCGUUGAAACAUUGUUUCAAAUCUAAAUGUAUAUUAUGCACGUCAUAUUAGAACUUAGUAUGAAAUAAUCAGA